AUGCUUCUGAAUUGCGACUCGGAGACGUGGCAGAGCCCGCCGGGAAAAGAACAAACUGUAUCGGCAUCGUGCCGAGAAGCACGAGAGUUCGAGAACCUAGAGAUGCUGGCUGAUGCUUGCGUUCAGAACAGCGCAGGAUUUCUCCUGGAAAUGCCCCCACUGAGAACUCAGGCUGUCCUGGCAGUGCCAAGCACCUCCUGCAAGCUGGCAUCAGGAAACUCGGGGGAGUAUCCAGGGUCGCCCGAGGCCAAGGUCCACCUCAUGGACAUGGAGCUCUGCAACAGCAGCCGGUGGUAUGCAGGGGCCAUCCACCCCUGCAACCUGUGUGCUGGGUACCCACGCGGCAGUAUUGUCACCUGCCAGGGGGACAGCGGGAGUCCCCUCAUCUGCAGGGACAAUGAAGCUGACUACUACUGGCUCGUUGGAUUGAACAGCUGGGGAAAAGGCUGUGACGCCAGGCACCCUGGGAUCUACACCUCCACUCAGCACUUCUACAACUGGAUCCUGCUCCAGAUGGGCCUGAGCCCAGCAGAAAGAGCUGGUCCAGCACCGGAGCCAGUCGUCACCUCGGCCCCUGAGCAGCCUCUGAAACUAGUGGAACAUAUCAGCUUGACCCCUGAGUACAGCCAGAGACCAGCAGUGACAUCCUUGGGCACAUCACUGCCCAUGGCAUUCCCCCACCAGAUCCUGGUACAAUUCCAGAAUCAGUUGCAGGAGUUCCUGCAGUUUUGGAAGGACAAAAAAGCCUGAGCAGCAGCAGGAUCCAGGGCUACAGUGGAUCACGGCAGUUACUGCUGGUAGCCUUGGGGCCAGAGGCUUCUCUGUCCUGCCCACGCUGCUGCGCUGUGGCCACAGCG